AUGGCUGAAAAAUAUCAGCAGUUGAUCAAGCUUAUCCUUGUCGGUGAUAGUGGAACUGGAAAGUCUUCUCUUCUUCACAGGUUUGUGGAGGAUGAUUUUUCAGAACAGCAGGCCCAAACAAUUGGUGUUGAGUUUGGCUCGAAAAUCGUUCAGCUUGCAGGCCGCAAAGUUAAAUUACAGAUAUGGGAUACUGCAGGGCAGGAAAGGUACAAGUCUGUUACAAGAAGCUAUUAUAGGAGUGCAAUAGGAUGCCUAAUUGUUUAUGAUAUUACUCAACGUUCAACAUACGAAAGUGUGCCACAAUGGCUAAACGAUGUUCGACAUCUUGCUGGAAAGGAUGUUGUUGUUAUGCUUAUAGGCAACAAAAGUGAUCUCUCUGAUUGUCGGCAAGUGCAGCACAACGAGGCCUCUUUGUACGCUCUUGAAAACGGUCUUCUCCACUUUGAAACUUCCGCUGCUUCGGGGGAAUUUGUGAGUGAGUCUUUUUUGAAGGUUGCUAAGAUGGGAUUGAGCAUGACUACAGAAGAUGUUAGUAUAGGAGAGAAUAGGUUGCUGGAUGUUCCAGCUGAUCAAAACCCUGGAAAUGUUUAUUCGUGUGUUUGCUAA